GCCACCACUAGUGCGACUUGUACACGUAACAGCCGAAUUUCAUACAGAAAUUUAAUGUCUAACACGUAAAUUUGUGUUUAAAAAGCCUCAGCAGCAAAAUAUGUUUUUAUUGCGUCUAAAUAUAUAUGCACACAUAUGUAGAACAGCACUCGGUUUGCUCGCAACGCGACACUGCAGCUGAUUGCAACGUGUAUGGGUCACCACUGGUAACAAAACAAAAAUAAAAGGGAAGAAAAAAAAGGUCGAAACACAGCAGGCGAUGCGAAUCGAAACGGACAACUGCAAACGGCAAAGGCAAAGAUAGAUAAUGUCGAGCGAUGAACUGCUGUGGCGUACUAAGUAUUCAAGUUCGCGUUAUCAACGCCACGAGAGCGCAGAACAUCGGACGCCCUUGAAUGCCAGCGCGUUGCACUGGCAGCGUCAACAAUUUGGCUGCGAUGUGGACGAACAGUUGCGACGGCGACUGCAAGCUUCACCAGCUUACAUUGACCGUCUCGAGCAGGAGGCGCUGCUGACCGGCCACGAUGGCUGUGUCAACUGUCUCGAGUGGACUAACGAUGGCCUGCUGCUGGCCUCCGGUUCGGAUGAUUACAAAGUGAUGAUAUGGGAUCCGUUUCGCAAGCGGCGGGUCCAUACGAUAGACACCAAACAUCUGGGAAAUAUAUUUUCCGUCAAAUUUCUGCCGCGUCACAACAAUAGCAUCGUGGCCACCUGUGGCGCUGACAAAUAUAUCUAUGUCUAUGACAUAAAUCACGGGAAUGCGACGUUGUUCACCUGCAAUUGCCAUACGAUGCGUGUUAAGCGCUUGGCCACUGCGCCCGAUUCACCGCAUAUAUUCUGGUCCGCCGGCGAGGAUGGCAGCAUCCUACAAUUGGAUAUGCGUGAGGCGCAUCGCUGUCGCGGCCCCGAUGAUCAACAGCAGUCGUCGGGUGGCGUACGACUGCUCAGCUUAUGCACUCAAGUUGAGUCCACAACGGAGGCCAAGUGUCUGGCCAUCAAUCCAAGACGAACCGAGUACCUGGCCGUGGGUGCCAAUGAUCCCUUUGCACGACUCUUCGAUCGACGAAUGCUGCCAGGCGAAGCCAGCAGCUGUGUGUCCUAUUUUGCGCCAGGACAGAUUGUGAAGAACAUCAGUCGGAACAUCAUCCACGAAUCGCGCACCGUCACCUAUCUGACGUUCAACAGCUAUAACACAACGGAGUUGCUGGUGAACAUGGGCUCUGAGCAUAUCUAUCGCUAUGAUCUACACAAUGCCACGCCACCGAUAUUCUACGACCUGCCCGAGUAUACAGCUGCGCCACCAGCCAUGCAGGCGGAGCAGGAAGAGGUUUCCGAUGCGGCGAAYAGUAACGGUGCUAAGCUGGAAAUACGAACCAAGAAGGAGCARAARCGUCGCACGUUGCCAACGAGCAUCGAGCGGCACAAGAAACUAGGCAAUGAGCAGUUGGAAAAUGGGAAAUUGCUGGCGGCGAUUGAUACGUAUUCUGCGGCACUGGCUGAGUAUCCGCAGGGCGAGGUGCUUUAUUUGAAUCGGGCUACAGCAUUGAUGCGUCGUGGCUGGUUUGGCGAUAUAUAUGCAGCGCUGCGAGAUUGCCACGAAGCGUUACGAUUGGAUCCCACCUACGUGAAGGCGCAUUUUCGAUUGGCGCGUGCCCUACUCGAGUUGCACCGGCCACACGAAGCGGACAAGUGCCUGCAGGAGCUAAUACAACGCUUUCCCAGCUUCGCUAAUAACCAUGGUGUGCUCAUGCUGCACAAGGACAUCAAUGAGAACCGACUGCAGCAGCAGCAGCAGCAAUCGCAGGAGUGUGGAGCUAAUACGUCCGAUCACGAGCCCACGUUGAUUGAGAGUGGAUUUCGCUAUUUGCGUCUGACCGACGAUGACUAUGCCCAACGUCGCGCUGCCAAGGACUACAAGCAGCGCUAUGUGGGCCACUGCAACAUCACCACGGACAUUAAGGAGGCCAAUUAUUUGGGCCUGAAUGGCGAGUUCAUUGCCGCUGGCUCCGAUGACGGCAACUUUUACAUCUGGGAGGGCGACACCGCAAAAAUUCGAGCCGUCUACCGUGCCGACAGUGCCAUUGUUAAUUGCGUGCAGCCACAUCCGAGCAUUUGCAUGCUGGCCACCAGUGGAAUCGAUCACGACAUUAAAAUCUGGUCGCCGUGUGCGCCGAGCGCCGACGAGCGGCCCAAUCUCAUCAAGGACGUGACGCGCUACGUUGAGGAAAACCAGGAGAAAAUGCGCACUGAUCCGUUCGAGCCGAAUACGCGUAAUGCGUAUUGUUUUAAUAAUUAGAUUUUAAGCACAUCUAGUAUAAUGUAAAUUAAUUUUUUAAAAUUGAAAUUGCAAUACAAUCUCUGCAAUACUUGGCCACACUUCACCGAUUAUGCCUGCACGAAGGAUAUAGUCGAAUUAUAUAUAGAAAACCUGGCGUAAUCCUCGCGAAGUGCCAUCGAUUUUGUUAAAUUGUCAAUAAUACACUAUAUGAAACGGAAUGGAGAAAUAUAUACAUAUA